CUGCUAGAGGGUUGGUGCGAAGUUUCUGCUCACGAGUACCAGUGAGGUAUAUGGUGACCCCCUUGAGCAUCCUCAGAAGGAGACUUAUUGGGGAAAUGUUAAUCCAAUAGGUGAGAGGAGCUGCUAUGAUGAAGGAAAGCGGACAGCAGAGACCUUAGCCAUGGAUUAUCACCGAGGUGACGGUGUUGAGGUGCGGAUUGCUCGCAUCUUUAAUACAUAUGGGCCUCGCAUGUGUUUGGAUGAUGGACGUGUUGUUAGCAAUUUUGUUGCUCAGGCCAUCCGCAAACUACCCUUAACUGUGUAUGGUGAUGGGAAACAAACUCGAAGCUUUCAAUAUGUUUCUGACCUGGUUGAAGGACUGGUGGCUCUAAUGGACAGUGAGCAUGUGGGUCCUUUCAACCUUGGUAAUCCCGGAGAAUUCACCAUGCUAGAACUUGCUGAGGUGGUAAAAGAAACAAUUGAUUCAAGUGCAACCAUAGAAUUCAAGCCAAAUACUGCUGAUGAUCCACAUAAGAGGAAACCUGAUAUUAGCAAAGCAAAGGAGCUUAACUGGGAGCCAAAAAUUUCUCUGAGAGAAGGAUUGCCUCUCAUGGUGAGUGAUUUCCGCAAUCGCAUUUUGAAUGAAGAUGAAGGAAAAGGGCCGUGAAUGAAACGUUAAACCCCAACAUGUAUAUAGUGUGAAGAGCAUAAGUAUGUUGUUGAUUCAUUUUUAUCACACCAUCAGAAAUUCCAGUUAAGUAGGGCAUCUAGAAAAGAGUUAUUUGUUUGUUUACAUUUUGUGCUUGGAGAGCACCAAUUCUUCUACAGUUUUGUAGUAGAGGAAGAGAAUUAAAUGCUGAAUUGAAUUGGCAGUUUACAUUUUGUGGUUGGAGAGCAA